AUGUACCUUGACUAUCCUGACAGUUCUAUGAAGGAUCGCAAGAAAGCCCCUCCUUUUCACGAAAGUGAACUGAAACUGCUCAUGCGACUCUACUGUGAUUCCUAUGAGGAGUACCAUGGACGAGGGAGAGAUUCCGGAAAAUGCGGCGGCAUGUCCGACAAAAAGAGUUUAUUGCGACGUUUUGCCAAAGAGGUCUCGAAUCUUGGGUUCUAUCAACGUACAGAGAAACAAAUUGAAGAACGUCUACGAGCUGAUUGUAAACGCGUUCGAAAGCAUGAGCGAGCCCGAAUCCAUGAAGGACAAGAGGCGGUGCUAAAUAGCCUACCAACAUAUUUGCAUCAGUUGUAUGAAUGCCGCAAAAACAAGGCCAACGGUUCUGGUUUAUUUAAUUUACAUGAAGACGACUAUGAUAUGAAGGAAGAUGACACACUUACCGCAUGGAAUAAGGUUGAGGUUGUGACUCCUCGUGAAGGCUCACCCUUGGGUGAACAUUCAUCCGGUGAGGGAGCUUUUAUGGAAAUGGAAGACGGUAUCAAUGAAUCAAUCGCCACAUCAACUACCACUCCUCUGGCAAGGAAACUGCCACGAAAGCUUGCCAAGGCAAUGAGGUCAAGAGAAUCUCCCAGCUCAUCCAUGGACCCAAGAACAGUAUUGUAUGAGGAAGAAAUCAAGCUGUCAAUGUUACGACAACAGUUGGCACUUGAGGAGUUGAAGCUGAUAGUAAUUAAGAACGAUCUAGCCCGAGCACAACUGGAACGGGAAACGAUAGCCACGGAACGAGAGCGUUUCGAAUUGGAACGAGCGAAACAUGAACAAUAUGCAGAGGAGCUGAAACUGUUUUCAAUACAACAAGACCUAGCUCGAGCCCAGCUGGAGAAGGAAAUAGUGGCAUUAGAACGUGAAAAACUGAAAUUGGAGCGAGAGAAAAAGGUGGGCUAUUCCUUUGUUGUCUAG